AAGAGGAGAGCGUUUGAGUUUGGGGUUAGGCAACAACGCAUUGGAGCUCGAAACCACGGUUUUCUCGGGCCAGGGGGUUUUGACCAAAGUCGCCGAAAACCAAAGCCGAGCCUUGGAAAGCCCAGCCACACCAUCCUUUCUUCUCAGCCCACCCCACCCAUCUUCUCUCUCUCUCUCUCUCUUCUACUGUAACGCCUCUAAACACCUUCACACUCUCAGAUUGAGAAACAGAACAAAAACAGAGCACUCUCUUUCUUUUCUCCCUCUCUCUCUCUCUCUCUCUCUUAUCAACAAGAAGCUUCCGUUGUUUUCUCCUAAAAACCCCUUCUUUCUAAUCAAACCUUUUACUUUCUCUCUCUUUCUCUCUCUCUGAGACCCAAAAGCUUCAAAUUUUUGGGUUUUGUUUGUGGGGUUGAUAUGGCGGAAAAUGAUGGUUUAGAGGGGGACCAUUUGGCUGUCACAGAGGGGACUAGUUUCUCUCAGUUACUCUUCGCUGCUGAUGAGGUUUGUGGUCUUGGCAUGGACGACGAAACCUUUAACUACACCCAUUCAUCUGCUUAUUCCACCCAGAUUAAGCCACCCAAAAUGCUCUGCUUCGGGAACUAUGAUCACUGCCAUGGCGAUGGUCUGGAAAUUGGGUUUUCAGAGACUGCUAAGAAAUCAGGGGUUACAUGCAGCGAUUCCUCCUCUGUUUCUUCAACCAGCAACAUAAGCAUCAACGCAUUGCCCAAAUCCAACAAUAAAAGGAUAAAUGGGUUAGGCCAAGAGUCGGUGCAGUGUGCAAGCACCAUCAGCACAACGACGAUUGCAAGCCAGAGAACUUCCAAGAAGACGAAAUCUGAGAAUCCCACAUCGACAGGCAACGCAAAGAGGAAAGAGAAGCUUGGAGAACGAAUUGCAGCUCUGCAACAACUUGUAUCACCCUUUGGCAAGACAGAUACUGCAUCAGUGCUUCACGAAGCGAUGGGAUACAUCAGGUUCCUGCACGACCAGGUUCAGGUUCUGUGCUCGCCUUACCUGCAACGCCUGCCUUCAUUACCUGAUGGAGAGAUGGAGGAAGCAAGAAAAGACCUGAGGAGCAGAGGACUGUGCCUGGCCCCUGUGGAGUACACAAUGCACGUGGCAAACAACAAUGGUGCUGAUUUUUGGUCACCAGCCAUGGCCAACAACAACAAUAAUGUUUCAUCUUCAAUCAAGUAAAUGGAAAUGGCUUUUGUACAUGGUCGCCUAGUGCCUGCUCGUUUUGGUCAUUUGAGAAGCCUAUAAAUUUGACAUGACGACAGCUAUUUUUGAGGAAAACCAUGAAAAGGGUAAAAGAGAAUACAGAGGAAGAAAAGCGAAGCAGAGGAAUUGAAAAUCACAUGGAAUCUGGCUGGUUCUGCUUUUAGGGUUAGAGAGGAAAGUUAGUAGCUGUAGCUGUGAAAAAGGGUUUUUGUCUUCUCUUUUUUUCAUCGUUCUUUUUGGUAAUUCUGAAAUGGAGAAAAAGUGAAAAAGUGAGAAAAGGAAAGAAGGAAUACAUGUGGGUUUUGGAUGGGAUUAUAUUAGCAUGGCUUACAUCUGUAAAUUUCCUUGGGUUAACCAAUUACCAAUUCCAUCUUCAGAAUGAGCCUACAA